UACAAGGGUCAGGCCACCUGGUACACUCAGGACGGCAAUGCUGGCUCUUGUGGCAACUACAAUUCCGACUCUGCAAUGAUUGUUGCGGUGACGGAGAGCAUGAUGAAGAGCUCCCUCUGUGGCAAGAAGGUGACGAUCAAGAACACUGCCAAUGGCAACACGCAAACUGCCACCAUUGCCGACACUUGCCCAGGAUGCGAGAGUCAAUCGUUGGACCUGUCCACUGGUCUCUUUAGCGCACUGGCUGAUGCCGACAUGGAUCUGGGUGUGCUGAAGAUCGAGUGGUCCAUUGACUCGUAG